AAAAAAAUUGUUGGUCUUCUGUCGACACACAACGUGCAUCCGACUCGAUGGCUCUGCAUUGAUCUUCCCGUUGCAACGGAAACAAAAAAGGCCCGGGGGAAGACGGACAGCAGAGAGAGAAGAGAGAGAGAGAGUCCUUUCGAGAUUCUCGAGAUGUUCUCUUUCUCUCUCUCUCUUUCUCUCUGUCUGAGAAAAGAUAUAUUUCUUCGUAUAGUUUUCUUGCUAAGCCACGUCCACCAACCUUGUUUUCUUUGAGGAAGCGACCUUCAAGUAUCGAAAGAAAGAAGAGGGGAGUUAGCUAGCUAUCAAAUACAGAUGUAGUAGACUUUCUGCUCUGUAGUGAAAGGAAAUGGUGAAGGUCGGAAGCUCAUGGCUGACUGCAGUGAAGAGGGCGUUCAGAUCGCCGUCCAAGGACAGCGAGAAGAAAAGUUGUAGGAGAAGGGAUGACAACGAGCAGGAGGAAGAAGAGAAGAAGAGAGAAAAACGACGAUGGCUGUUUCGGAAGCCCGCCCCUUCGAGCCAGGACGUCAAGCCGGCGGUUUCCGUCAUCACGGACCAGCGGCACGCCAUCGCCGUUGCCGUAGCUACGGCCGCGGCGGCGGAGGCGGCAGUGGCUUCGGCGCAGGCAGCUGUAGAGGUGGUCCGCCUAACAAGGCCCACGAACUUGCUGAGGGAGCACCAUGCUGCCGUCAAGAUCCAGACGGCCUUUAGAGGAUUCUUGGCCAGGAGAGCACUGAGGGCUCUGAGAGGGCUGGUGAAGCUGCAGGCGCUGGUGAGGGGCCACAACGUGAGGAAGCAGGCCAACAUGACGCUGAGGUGCAUGCAGGCUCUCGUCCGGGUGCAGACAAGGGCGCGUGACCAGCGGCUAAGGCUCUCACACGACUCCACGGAGUCAGCGUCCCUUCUCAAAGAUGGUUUAUGGGACUCACGCUUCGUCCUCCAAGAAUCGUCGACAGAGAGAAAAUCCGUUUCGAGAGAUGGUAGCUGCCUGACGGAUGAUUGGGACGACCGACCUCAUACGAUUGAAGAGAUACAAGCCAAGCUUCAGACCAGAAAAGAGGCUGCACUCAAACGAGAGAAGGCUCUUGCUUAUGCUUUCUCUCACCAGUUAUGGAGGUCAUCGGGAAGGAGUUCGAACCCUUCAACUAUAGAAGAAACCGACGACGAGCGGGCCUCAGGUAUCUCAUCUACCAACUGGCUGGACCGUUGGAUGGCGACACGGCCAUGGGAGAGCCGAAGCAGAGCAUCCGUUGAUAGCAGAGACUUCAUCAAAACCGUCGAGGUCGACACCACAAGGCCUUACUCCUCUUCCAUCAAUGACUCGUGGCAGAGGAGCCGUCGACAUGCAACCGGUGGCGUCGGCCACUCCUCCCCUCUCAACCACCGGAACAUUCCCUCCUCUCUCCACAUCUCCCCGUCGACGCCGUCCCCUGCGAAGGCGCGAAUUCUGCAGGUGAGGUCAGCCAGCCCACGGUGCUCGAGAGCGCGAGAGGACGAAGUCCGACACUCGGUUACGUACACCCCGGGGCUCCACUGCCGGCACGGCGGCGUGCCCAACUACAUGGCGGCGACGGAGUCGGCGAAAGCGAGGCUGAGGUCGCAGAGCGCGCCUAGACAGAGGCCGGGGACACCGGAGAGGGAGAGGGAAAGAGAAAGAGAGCGGGAGAGGGGGAGCUCGGUGAAGAAGCGGCUCUCGUAUCCGGCCCCCGACGUGCAGAGCCUACGCAGCCCGAGUUUCAAAGGGGCCUUCCCACCACCAAGGUCGGCGAUGACGCACUACUCGGGCUCCAACUAUUCCUGGUGCACCGAUAGCAUCGCCGGUGGGGAGCGAUCCCCUUCCUCCGCCGGCGACGCCAGGAGGUGGCUAAGAUAAGCCGAAGUUUUCUGCUAGCUAGUACAGUUCUUCUCUUCUUUGUUUGUCCUUCUUCUAUCCCUUUGUGAUCAAAACUCAGAAAGAGCUGUUCCUUUGUCCUUCCAUGGUGGAUCCUUUGUCAAUGAUGACACAUUCUCAUGAUGGUGACGAUGAUGAAGAUGGCUCUUGAGUAUAUCCAUCCAUUCGAAGUGUACGAACAAAACGCCAAUAGCAAUCGUCACGAAUCAAUGGCUAAAGAAGUUUUUCUUUUUCA